GGUCUCGGCUCGACAGGUCUUCUCUAUCGGUUGAAAUGUCUAUGAUUUUAUCUGCCUCAGUCAUUCGUGUCAGAGAUGGACUGCCACUUUCUGCUUCUACUGAUUAUGAACAAAGCACAGGAAUGCAGGAGUGCAGAAAGUAUUUUAAAAUGCUCUCAAGGAAACUUGCUCAACUUCCUGAUAGAUGUACACUGAAAACUGGACGUUAUAACAUUAAUUUUAUUAGCUCUCUGGGAGUGAGCUACAUGAUGUUGUGCACUGAAAAUUACCCAAAUGUUCUCGCCUUCUCUUUCCUGGAUGAGCUUCAGAAGGAGUUCAUUACUACUUACAACAUGAUGACGACAAAUACUGCUGUCAGACCAUACUGUUUCAUUGAAUUUGUUCAGCUAUGUAAGAUGUUGGUGCUCAUUUCUAACUAUUUCUUUUAUUUUCCAGCUCACCAGCGACUGGAACCAGCAACUCUGUCAGGAAUUGUGGCAUUUAUCCUUAGUCUUUUAUGUGGAGCUCUGAAUUUAAUUCGAGGUUUUCAUGCCAUAGAAAGUCUCCUGCAGAGUGAUGGUGAAGAUUUUAAUUACAUCGUUGCAUUUUUCCUCGGAACAGCAGCCUGCCUUUACCAGUGUUAUUUACUUGUCUACUACACCGGCUGGCGGAAUGUCAAAUCUUUUUUGACUUUUGGCUUAAUCUGUCUAUGCAACAUGUAUCUCUAUGAACUGCGCAACCUCUGGCAGCUUUUCUUUCAUGUGACUGUGGGAGCGUUUGUUACACUACAGAUCUGGCUAAGGCAAGCCCAGGGCAAGGCUCCUGAUUAUGAUGUCUGACACCAUCCUUCAGACAUACUGCCUUGGCUUCAGGGGGAAAAGGAGGGAACAUAUCUUAACUGUCACUGUGAUGAAGAAACUAUUAACUACAAAUGAGAAGCUCUGCUCUCUUUCUCUCCAACUUUCCUUUUUUAAAAUCAGCAUGGCGUGCCUGUGAGCAUGCAAGACCUGCUAGGAAAACUCCUCUCAGAAGAAUGUUGGCCAUGAGAUUAUCAUUCAGAGGAGGAGAAGGAAGAAACUUCUCUCUUCAGGGCUGGAACAGUGGAAGAACCGUCAGACGCCAUUGGAAGACUUGGCCAGCAGCCCUAAAUCCUUGCUGAAGAGUUCAGUCAAAAAAUAGAUAUGGUACUUCCUCUGAGGACCAAGCACAGGAACUCUGCAACCUGAGUUUGCCUUUGUGAGGCAUUAAUAUAGACCAAAUAUAAUGAUGCUACAGAAAUCGGGAAGUCUACAUUUUAAACAAAUGACUGUGCUAAAUACCAGA